AUGGCCAAAACUAAGAUUAAAAGUACGGUGGUGAAACUAUUAUCGACAGCAGCAACAGGCUAUUCGAGACAUAUAACGGUGAAGAGAGGUGCUCCCCUAGUAAAACAAGUUAGAUACGAUCCUGUGGCUCAACGACAUGUGUUGUUUACAGAGGCUAAAAAGAGGAAAGUUGCCGAGAGGAAACCUAUAAGUUUUCUAAGGAAGAGCUAA